GAUUCGGCGCAGUAAAGAUGAUCUUGAAAGCGAGCAAGUUGUAAACAGCGAUGUCAAGUCAUGCCCAUGGACGCGCGAGACAAUAUAACAAUGUGUCGUUAACAUCUCUUUCGCUCGGUUGAUAAGCUGAAGUGACCCGUAACGCUAUCAUGGCUACGGGGGGCGGCGAAGCGACACCCAGGGCCGAGGGGCAAGCGUUCAAUUUCACCCAGUCUGGCGCAGGAAGGAACGCAGAAGCCUCAAAUGGUGCGGUGGCUGUAAUCCCUGCGCCGUUUCCCCCGCCGUCAAUGGGCCUACACAGAGAACCCGUGUACAACUGGCAAGCUACAAAGAGCUCUGUCAAAGAACGUUUUGCCUUCCUUUUCAACAACGAACUGCUUAGUGAUGUGAGGUUCGUGGUGGGCAAGGGUAGACAGGCUCAAAGAAUACCAUCUCACAAAUUCGUGUUGGCUGUUGGAAGUGCCGUCUUUGACGCCAUGUUCAACGGUGGAAUGGCCACAACAUCUACUGAAAUCGAGCUCCCUGAUGUCGAGCCAGCGGCGUUUCUGGCUCUACUAAGGUUUCUGUACUCAGACGAGGUCAACAUUGGACCAGAGACUGUCAUGACCACACUCUACACAGCCAAAAAGUAUGCUGUUCCUGCUUUAGAGGCACACUGUGUCGAUUUCCUUACCAAGCACCUCAGGGCUGACAAUGCCUUCAUGCUCCUUACUCAGGCCAGAUUAUUUGAUGAACCUCAACUUGCUAGUCUUUGCCUGGAUACCAUAGAUAAAAGCACUGCGGAUGCCAUAAAGGCCGAGGGCUUCACAGACAUUGAUUUAGACACCCUGUGCGUGGUGCUGGAGCGGGACACGCUGGGUAUCCGUGAGAGCCAGCUGUUCGGCGCGGUGGUACGCUGGGCCACGGCCGAGUGCCAGAGGCAGCAGCUGCCCCUGACGGCCGAGAACAAGCAGCGGGUACUGGGCAAGGCCCUCACCCUCAUACGCUUCCCUCUCAUGACCGUCGAGGAGUUCGCCGCAGGGCCUGCCCAAUCUGGGAUAAUGUGCGAUCGGGAGGUGGUAAAUCUCUUUUUACACUUUACAGUAAACCCCAAACCGCGCGUGGACUACCUAGACAGGCCCCGGUGCUGCCUGCGCGGCACCGAGUGCAGCGUUAGUAGGUUCCAGCAGGUGGAGAGUCGCUGGGGAUACAGCGGUACCAGUGACAGGAUCAGGUUUAAUGUAAAUAGGCGAAUAUCAGUAGUGGGGUUUGGGCUGUAUGGAUCAAUUCAUGGUCCAACAGAUUAUCAAGUCAACAUCCAGAUCAUGGAGAGUGACCGGAAUCACAUCCUGGGCCAGAACGACACAGCGUUCAGCUGCGACGGCACGGCCACCACCUUCAGGGUCAUGUUUAAGGAGCCCAUUGAGAUCCUACCCAAUAUCAGCUACACGGCAUGCGCCACGCUGAAGGGUCCUGACUCCCAUUACGGCACCAAAGGCCUGAAGAAGGUGAUUCACGAGUCGGCCACGGGCACCAAGACCACCUUCUUCUUCUGCAGUUCCCCCGGCAACAACAACGGAACCUCCGUGGAGGACGGCCAGAUCCCCGAGAUCAUCUUCUACACUUAACAACAUGGCCGCCGGAGCCGCCACCGCCACCUGGGAGUCGCACCUGUUACGGGUGACCGGAGGAGGUGCCAAAACCCAACACUUAUAGUCUCCCAUCCUCCCUCAGGCGCAGCUCAGUCGCUCGCUCGCUCGCUUGGUGACAGUGUGUGUGUGUGUUGGGGAGCGUUUUUUGUUUUCCAUCCGUGCACUGAGUUUGACGCUUCCUGUGGCACCUCCACCUGCAUCGUCACCUGUGGAAACAUCUCACGGAGCUGACGCUCGGUCGCCGGUCUCCUCGGUGUCUCGCGCAAUCGACAUCUCACCUCUAAUGACUUGACAUCAGCACGUCUCCCAGGAGGGAAAGAAAGGAAGAGCAAAACAAAAAAAAGCAAAAAGUACAAAACAAAACACGCAACCUCCCUUCUCAUCUAACACCAGCCGCAGCCAUAACUUGCGUUCUUGUUUGUUUUUCUAAAGCAGUACGAUUUGAGAAAAUAUCUAUACAUUUUGUUAUACUGGGUAUCUUAUCUGUACAGAGGAGGAAUGUUUGCCAACUUUGAUGUGUGGAGAGAUGUUAUUUUUUUGUGUAGAUGCUGGACUUGUUCUUGGUAGUGCAGAGGUUUUUUUUUGGGAGGAGAAAAAAAAACACUGCUUGAUAUUUACCUCACAGAGACAGAGGGUGUAUUUUGGAGAUAUGCCAUUUUGAAAUUCUAAUUUAAUCUGUAGUCAAGGAUUAAUGCAGCGUUGGUGACGGGGAUUAUUUUUACAAGAAGUCAUGCUCUGUUUUGGGUGAAUAAUACUGCUUAUCGUACCGUUACUGUUGAAACGCAUCGCAGAAUGCUCGACUCUUGUUCUUUGUUUUGUAACAUGCACUUCUCCAAAAAUAUAAGAGCAGUAAUAUGGUACAAAUGUGA